AUGAGGCUCCAUUGGAAAGUGGCGACCGGGUCGCUCCUAGAGCUCGCAGUAACCGCUACCGGGGCCGCCGCUACCGGCUGGUUUAGCGUCGCGUUUUCCAAGUCCGGCGGCAUGGUGACGUCAGACGCGGUCAUCGCAAACCAGGGCGGCUCGCCCGUCCCCGUUAAUACGUACGCCGUUACGAGCUACUCAACGGUGAAAGCCACGACCGCGUUUGGCGCGGGGAGCCGGUCGUUUACUGGCGGAACGACUGCCACCAUGAAGUUCACUCGCAGCACGGGCGACGGCGGAGCGGCGCCAGUGAACGUGAAGGGCAGCAACAGGAUGGUGUAUGCUUAUUCCAAGAGCGGCGCCAAGACCAUUGCUUACCACGGCUCGCACUACCAACCCCCCGCCUCCCCCUACUGGCGGGGCAGGUUCCAGCCCGCCCCCUCCGCCCACCACCAGCGCCCCCCCGCCUCCCCCUUCCCCCUUCGCCACUGGAAGAGCCUGCCCCGCAUCCACCCUCCCCGGAUACGCCUUCCGAGUCGCCCUGCGCCCGCCCAAGUGAGUGACACCUGCUGUCCCUCUGUUGCUCUUGUGCUCAUGCGUCCUGUGCUUCCCCCACAUGCACUGACUGCUGCUUUCCCCCCUCCCCUCACAUCCACCCUCCCCGGAUACGCCUUCCAAGUCGCCCUGCGCCCGCCCAAUCUCUUCCUCCACUGGACUCCAGUCUCAGCCACACAGGUGGACAUGGCAAUAGAGGCCAAGGCGGCAGGCAGGGCCAAGGACGGGUGGAUCGCCCUGGGAUGGUCGCCCAAAGGAAAGAUGUCGCCCGCUGAUGCUGUUAUCGGGAACCUGGCUGGCGGGCUUGUAAUGCCAUAUGUUAUUAAGGGGUACAGCAUGAGCAAGAUUCAGCCGGCGGCGUUUUCAAUCGGGAGUAACGCGGCGACGGUCACGACCGCGACAAACGAUACUAUUAUCACCUUCUCUCGCACCAAGAACUCGGGAGUGGUGAUGCGAUUCCCCAUGGCGGGCCUGUCUAAGCUCGUGUGGGCCUUCUCUCGCGCAGGCUUUCCCUCGCUUUCCUUCCACGGCAACAGCUA